AGCUAGCAGAGGAAGCUGCUAACAGGAAGUGAGCUCACAUCAGCUGACAGCAGCUGUCACGGGUCGCCUGGCUGCAGUCAGAAACCUCUCAGUCCCGCCGCUGACUUUCUCCACAAACCACCCCGCAUAAGCAAGGAUGUAGAACAGGGGUUUGGUGUGGGUUUUGCAGGUGGUAAUGCUGAAGAGAUACUCGGUUCGUCCGCUGUUGUUGGAAGACGGGUGAAGAUGCCUCUGACACCAGCUGUUCCAGAGAACCACAGCCACGUCCUGGCAGAGUUUGACUGCCUUGAUCCGCUUCUUUCUGCUCUGCGUCUGGACUCAGGCAGGCUCAAGUGUACCUGUGUGGCUGUGUCAAGGAAGUGGCUUGCACUGGGAACAUCAGCUGGAGGGUUGCAUCUGAUUCAGAAAGAGGGCUGGAAGCAGAGGAUCAUCCUCACCCACAAGGAGGGCUCCAUCACUCAGGUGGCGUGUUGCCCACAUGAUGAGGAUUUUGUUGCAGUCGCCACAAGUCAGGGUCUGGUGGUGGUGUGGGAGCUGCAGCUGGAGCGGCGCGGCCGUCCCGAACGAGUCGGCCUCUCUUGGGAGCACAGAGGACACAGCAUCACUUCCCUCUGCUGGGACACCAGCGCACUCAGAGUUUUUGUUGGGGACGCUGCAGGCAAAGUGUCCUAUCUGCGAGCAGGAUCCUCAAAACUGGGAAAGGGGUCAGCGUUUGUAAUCUUCCCCAUUCAGACCGUCACCACUGUUGACUCCAGAGUGGUCCAGCUGGGGUACCAAGAUGGCCGCCUGCUCGUGUCCUCUCUGAGUCGCUGCUACCUCUGCGACACCGAGAAGGAGAAAUUCUGGCGUGUUGGAAACAAGGAGCGUGACGGAGAAUAUGGAGCCUGUUUYUUCCCUCAGAACAGAGGGUUACUGGUGGGCCAGCCUCCACUGCUGUACUGUGCCCGGCCAGGGUCUCGAAUAUGGGAGGCUAGCUUUAACGGCGAGGUUCUGAGCACUCAUCAGUUCAAACAGCUACUGGCAUGUCCCCCGCUACCACUCAUCACCUUCAGAAAUGAGCCAAAUUACAAUCCAGCACAGAAGAGUCCACAGUCUCUCACGUUUUCUAAACUGCUUUAUUUGGGAGACCAAAACCUGUUGACUUGGACGGAUUCAGCCGUUUAUAUCUUCACACCUCAGAAUGGACAAGUUCUGCUGUGGGCUGAAGUUAAAGACGURGCUGACGUUGCAGUGCACCGCGGUGAGCUGUUCUGUCUCCACGGGAGCGGGCGCCUGUCCCACCUGUCCUUGUUGUCCGCAGAGCGUUGCGUGGAGCGUCUGCUGCGGCGCGAGUCUUGGACUCUCGCUGCCUCCGUCUGCUGCAUGUUCCAGCACGCCAUCAUUACCAGCAGGGCACGCAAGUCCAUUCCUAUGGACCGCCUGGAGCACCUGAAGGCUCAGCUCAGCUCCAGCACAGACUCUGAGCUGAUCAGCCAGCUAGAGGAAGUGAUCGCGAAGCUGGAGCCGCCGGACUCUGCGUCCAGCAGCCGGAGGAGCAGCAUCUCCUCACAUGAGAGUUUUAACGUCCUGGACUGUGGAAUCUAUCGAGUGAUCAGCCGCAGAGGAAGUCAGUCCGACGAGGAGACGAACUCCCUCAUCAAUCAGUCCACGUCKGAGGAGGAGCAGCUCAAAGACUUCAGCUUUGUGCAGGAGGAGGAUCAGGUGGAUCAUGCAGGACUAAACUUCCUUCCUGCUCCUGAGUUCAGUGAUCCACAGAGCGGCGAGCGCACUGAGGCCGAUCGAUCGGAUCAAGGCCUGCCGUUCCACCUCCCGCUCUCGUUCCGCCCCAAGCCGCCCCGCAUCGCACUGCAGGCCGUCAAAGACAGUGUUUCCAGUUUCGUCAAGAAGACGACGGAAAAGAUCAACACCCUCCAGAUGAACUCUGAACUCCGGCAGCGGCCUGAAUAUAGAGAGACGGGACAGAAUGAGACCAUCUCCAGCACAACGUCCUACUCAGAGGACCUGGAGAACGAACUUUGUAAUGAAGGAUUUAACCCCGAGGCUGAUAUGCAAGAACUUCGAACAGCGACAGAGAAAGCUGUCUCACAGAUACAAGACCCUUUGGUGCUACUUGAUCCAGUUUGCCUCAGAGAAGCUCUGCAGGAGUGGCUGCCGGUCCUGGAGCGAGUCCUUGGACCCGAGGCAACCGACUCGAACCUGGAUGGAUCAGGAGAGGACAGGUGGGAGCGGGACUAUCUGAACCCCUGCACAGAGCAACAAGGAGAAUCCACAGAGAUUGUUCCAGAAGAGACCAAAGAAUCUCCUGAAACUGGAAGUAAUAGUAAGCGGCAGCCAACGUCAGACUCUGCUGAAAACGUCACGUCGUGCAGGAGUUGUCCAGAGCCUAUCCGAGUGGUGUCCCCUGAACCCGUACCAUCAGACCUGUCGGCUGACCUCACCGAGCUGGCCACGCUCUACACCGAGCUGAGCUGCUUCAGGAGCCAGAACGAGGCGCUCGGAUGCUCGGCUUUCCUGCGGCGCUACUUCUUUCUGCUGGACCAGGAGCGUGUGAGGAGGAUGUGUCUGCUGUGUUAUCAGGAGCAGCCUGGGAUGAUGAGCUCCUUCACUGACGCCAUGCUGGAGCUCACUCAGUCCAGCAAGGUGGUGGAGGUUAUUCAGAAGGGCGAUUUGCUGAAAUCACUGAGAAAUCUGAGGGAACUGGAAGCCUGGGGUGCACCUCAUCUCCUGGCUCACCUGCACAGGCUGUAUGAGAAGCACGGCGAGGCAGCUGUUCGCUCGUUUUCCCAGUUCUAUCCAACAAUCACUCCUGCUGAUGUGAUGACGAUGGCUCAGCAAAGCCACUUCCUGCCAUACCUGGAUAAUCUGGUCCAGUCUCGAGCUGAGGAGCACAGGUUGUCAUUUCUUCAGUCCCUUCUUGAGCCUGAAUCACUGAGGCAUGAUUGGCUGGAGCUGGCUCUUACCCAUGAUGCUCCUCAACACUGUGAUACCCUGACUCCUGAUGGACAGCCCAGGUGGCACUCACACUGUUUCAGUUGGGGUUACAGACGUCUUUUGUCCUUGCUGACUCGUCUUCCUGCAGAUCUGUCGUCUAAGGAGAAGAUGGCGGAGACCUGCCGCAGUCAUGGGUACUGGACCGGCUACAUUUACCUCUGCAAGGAGCUGCAGCGGCGCACAGAAGCGUUUUCCACCAUCUGCCAGCUGGACGACAUCAGUCUGCUGGAAGAACCUGAUGGUGUUGAGCCUCAGACCUUGGACGAGUGGAAGGUGCUGAUCCAGCUGUCUCAGCAGCACUGCAGUGCGGCCGAAUCGCAGCGGGUCACCAAUGUGAACGGGAGCAGCUGGUCCAACGGCUCAGAGGACAGCGAGGGAAAGAUCAGCCCCGAGAGCCUGACCCUCGUGUUGGCUCGGAGGGCCGGGCCGGACCGAGCGCUGAAGGUGCUGGAGGAGUGCGGGGUGCAGCUGGUCUUCUCGGCCCACUCCGAACUGGUGUGUGAACUACUGAGAGUCGCUGAGAAGAGGCAGAGGGCAAUGAUCCAGACGAUGCUCGAACGUUGCGACCGCUUCCUCUGGUCUCAGCACGCCUAACAGCCGAUCAGAGUGUUGAUCGUUGCAACCACACUUCCUACACACUAACUGCUGUUCAACUCUGACYUGAUUAAAACACUGUGAUGUCCAUCAAAAACAACCAGUUUUAAAUACUUCCAGCCAGAACAGUGUUUCCUGUUCGACUCUUCAUUCCWCUAACUUGUACAUUUUAUGAACUUUAUGAACAAAUGUCUGCAUGCACAAGCAAUAACAUAUCUCAUGUCUUAUUGUUGUUAAAGACCAAAGAGAUCAAUAGACCUUCCUGCUUUGGAGAAACUAAACUUGAAAUAAUUUCUGUGCAAUGCUCUAAUGUUGUGUUAAUAAACAAAAUUUGUGUGACAAUUUA